AUGUCGGAGAAAGAAAUUGCAGCACUUGAAGAGGGAAAUGCCUCAAGUUUUCCCUACAAAUCAAAUGAAAAAACUACUUUCUGUGCUUCAACUGAUGUGGUUUUGAUCAUCCAAAAGGUAUUUGCUGAGGCAAUUGGGACUUAUUUUUUGAUAUUUAUUGGGUGUGGUUCUGUAGCUGUUAACAAAAUUUACGAGUCAAUAACAUUUCCAGGAGUAUGUAUAGCAUGGGGUUUGAUAGUAAUGGUCAUGGUUUAUGCUGUUGGACACAUUUCUGGUGCUCAUUUCAAUCCUGCAGUUACCAUCACUUUUGCCAUCUUUCGACAUUUCCCUUAUAAACAGGUGCCUUUGUAUAUUGUGGCACAGCUGUUGGGAGCAAUUCUUGCUAGUGGCACCCUAUGUCUAAUAUUUGAUGUGAAGGCCCAAGCGUUCUUCGGGACUGUACCAACAGGCUCUAAUGUUCAAUCUCUGGUCCUUGAAUUCGUCAUCUCGUUUCUGUUGAUGUUCGUCAUAUCUGGUGUUGCCACAGAUAACAGAUCCAUUGGUGAAUUAGCAGGAAUUGCAAUUGGAAUGACAAUACUAAUCAAUGUCCUUGUUGCAGGGCCAGUAUCAGGUGCAUCUAUGAACCCAGCAAGGAGUAUUGGACCAGCAAUAAUUAUGAAUGAAUACAAGGGACUAUGGAUAUACAUAGUUGGACCUCUUUUGGGCACCAUAGCUGGAGGUUUCACCUACAAUCUGAUUAGAUUCACAGAGAAACCGCUUCAAGAAUUAACCAAAAGCUCAACCUUUAUGAAAAGCGUGUCCAGGGCCAGAACAUAGGGCACCAUUUUUAAGUUUCAAUUCACUUAAUUUUCCUUUGCCCGGUGCUCCAAGAUCUUGUACAAGAGAGCUGCCAGUGGCUUACCGAAAAGGGUGGAAAAUUUUGAGAAUGAGGAGAAGGUAUAUAUGGUUGCUUUAUCUUGUCCAACUGUAUUUGGAAUAUAUUUGAGGGUGCCUAUAAUAAGUAGAAUUCAAAAGAGUUGAGUUUAGUCGGAUCACUGGUUUUUUUUUU